AUCGUUGUUGAAUUAUUUUAUAAAUUAAAUUUUAAUAAACAAAUCAUUUUAUGCAACAAUUGUAGUGCAAGUUUGUGAUUGUGUUUUUUGCCGCUUAGCGCUUUCGUUGGAGAGAAUUUUAAUGUAUUAAAGUUAAUAUUUACUACUGCUGCUAUAAAAAAUAUUAAAAAGUUAUAACUAUGCAACGACAAUUCACAUCUGGCAGCCGCCAAGCGCCUGACCCAUUUGACCAAUUUUUGGAGGAGAACAAUUUUUAUCGCAAGCACACAGCACGCGAUGCUUCAUGCCUGUUUCGUGUAAUUUCGGAGCAAAUGUAUGACACGCAGCUGCAUCAUUUGGCCAUACGCAAAAAAUGCGUACGCUAUAUGCGCAAGCAUCGUGACUAUUUUGCGCCGCUCGUUGAACGAGAUUUGGAUGAGUAUCUAGAUGAUAUGUCGAAACCUAAAACGUACGGGACCCUGAUCGAACUGCAGGCGGUUGGAUAUAUGUUCCAACGAAAUGUAUUGCUGUUUGAACCCUUUAACUUGGGCAAUUUUUAUAGUUCUCGCUCUUACUUCAAUGAUGUAUUUCGAGUAUUCUACACUCCCGAAAGACAUUUCGAUUCUGUUUUUACUUGUGACUAUAUAAAAGAUGCAGCUAUUUGCCAGGCCAUAUGCUACGAAAUCCUCUACAAAGAUUUAUAUAAGUUGCCGGAUGUUGCAUUUGCCGUUGAGCACAUGUUACAUUCGCCGACUUUGGAUGCUAUGGAGUACACUUCCGAAAGCAAUGACGACGGCUACUGCACUCGUAUAGUACUAACGGAUGGGCGUAGUUUCCACUUUGAUUUGCCAGAUGAAACUAAUUGCAUAUUAGAAAAUUAUGAACUUUGCCAUUUCCAUCAUACGAAUUUUCCACGUUUAUCGGAUGAUUUGCAUCGCGAAAUGAAAAUACACACAAAUUGCGAUGAUUUUGAAAAGUCCGCAUUGUGUAAGACUGCGGAAUCAUUGCUUCCGCAUAAAUAUAUAUCUUGUGUGCGCCAAUUGUUGCAAGAAGGUAUAACACCGUUUCCGUAUAAAGUUGCCAAAGCGUUGGAUCCAAACAUGUAUCGGAAUAUCGAAUUCGAUGCUUGGAAUGAGCAACGAAAAGAGCAAAAACUUCAAAACUGGUACAAUGGCGAUACAAAUUUUAAGUUGAUACGCUGCCAGCAAACACGAGUUCAUAAAAUCUUCCAGGUGGGAGCCAAAUGUCAUGUGAAGCUAUGCAAAUCCGAAAAUGAUGUAUACACUUGUCAUAUACAAGAGAUUGCAGUUGACAAAGGCUACUGCAUUGUUUUUAUCGAACAAUUAGGCGAAAAGCGUUUGGUACCGUACGAGUCACUAACUCCGCUACCACCGGAUCAAUUUAAGCCAUGGUCGCUACCGUAUCGCUUUCAGCGUCAUAUGCAAAAGUAUAGUUCUGUACGCCUGACACGUCACUACAAUUACCGUUUCAAGCUGAACGGGCAAUUUGCAUCUGCGCAUGAAUACUGUGCAGCCCCCUUGUCGCCCAAUAGUAAGUCAGCCGACUAUGUGCCUGGUAUAAUGGAUAGUGAUGCCAGUGAGAAAGACGAAAAGCAGCAUUAUGUUUCAGCUGCUUCACAUCAUCGUAACGGUUGCUAUUAUAAAUUAAAACAAUAUACACAUUUUGAAAAUUUCCGUGCACAUACUGUUGAAUAUUGCGCAAUGCCACUAACUGUUGAGCAUGCGCCACGUGAGCAAGAAUUGAAAAGUGGCAAUGCUAAUGCAACGCCAUCGCAUGAGAAUCAAACCAAUGUGGUAGCGCGCACCGUUGUACCAGAAACACGUAUAAAAACGGAAACAAACGUGCAACAACAGCAGCAGCAACAACAACAAUGCAUGCGAGCACCUGAAGAGUUGGUGGGUACUUUCAAUCCAAUAGAACAAUCGGCUGGCAUAGGCGCACCUGCAUUUAUUUUGCCUGAUUUUCAUUAUUUAUAUCCUGUACCUCAGUACGCGGCUGGUAUGCCUGAGGAAUACUAUACAUAUGGUUAUGAUCCCGCAAUGCAUCCACCACCCGCUACAGCGCUAAUGCCAACCGGUUAUUAUAUGUAUCCACCACCAGGUGCUCCACCAGCAACUUUUGCACCGGCUCCUAAUAAUUUUUACAUGCCAACUGCUGCACCAUUGCCACCACCACUCAUUACAGCGGCUACUGCACCGCAUCCACCAUCAGCGGUUGCACCUAAUAUUGCUGCGCCAUUUUAUCAAACUAAUACGCAUUUCGGUAGCAUGACACCAGCUGGUGCCGUCGAGACGCCUUCAAUGCAAAAUGCUGCAACGCAAGCGUAUGAAACGCCGAUCACUCAUAAUCGAAGCAGUGGACAAACUCCAAAUAUGAACACACCAGUAACUGGUCGCAUUAAUUGGGAUGCUAAGAAAUCGGUAGAGGUGAGUGGCGUAGAUUUGCCAACUGAUGUUGCCACUCUGCGGCACUUUUACAACCUGGGUUUGGAGUAUCAUUUGAUGCACAUGAAGCAACGUUGCAAUGAAGACAACGCAGCGAAAGCGACGGGACCUCAAGGUGUCACAAAAGUGAAUGGCGGCAAUCAAAAUGAAGACGUUACGCUAGAGCCAAAGCUUGAUUCUAACAACAACAGCAUGCAGAAUCAAAAUUUGACUACACCGCAAACAAACAACAUUAACGGUGGAAAUAACACGUCGGGUAUUACACACACAACACAUAAUCAAAAUAGUAAUAAUCAUGUAACUGGUGGCGGCGCCAAUAGUGGUAGUGGUAAAAGUGGUGGUGGUCACAUGCACAGGCGUUUUCCAUCCCGGUAUUACAACAGCAAUAAGGAGCGACCACUUUUUUUACGUAAUCAAAACAAUGCUAACUCUAAUGUGCAUAGCUCAAAUAACCACAAUCAAAGUGAUUAUAAUAAUAGCAAUGGUAAUGUUGGUAAUAAGUAUGCCAGUUCGCUAAAAAGUAAUGGCGGUGGACACUAUAAUUCAAAUCGCAGCAAUACGCCAAAUUCAACAAAUAGUCAUACGUCAGGUCACAAUGCAAAAGCUGCAAACCUUAACACCCCUGGCAUGGGUAGUGGUGUAGCCUCACUGGCGGUUUCAGUUGCCGAACAUGGCAUGCCAUCUCCGCAAGGAAACUUUGAUAACGCUAAUGGUGUUGGUAAAAUGAUAACACAUCCACAAAUGCCUGUAUACCAAACUCCGAAUGGAAACACUUUAAUAGCUGCACCUUACAAUCCGUACAAUGAGUUCAAUGGCGAUCCGUCUAUGUCGAUUGCUCCACCAAAUACGGCCACCGGUGGUGGCAUUAUCCUCCACAUGCCAAUGCCAGCACCAGCGCAUACUUUUGGCAUUUACGCUCCCCCACAACCAGGACCACCACCAGGUGCUUCUAUGGGCAUGCAUCCCACACCAACAUCAACAGCUGUAACCUACGGUGUAGCACCAAAUGGUGGUCCACCACAACAAUUUAUGCCAUCACCAUCAGAUGCAGUACCGAUACAGGCGCCAUCAAAUGGCUACUAUCCUACACCAGCAGAGCUUACAACCGUUGAACCUAAUGGCACAAUGCAUGCUGGCGGUGACGGAUUACAGUUUCAAUGUAUACCGUAUCCUGGUACUGCACCUCCUCCACCAAUGCCUUUUUAUUACACAGCUGGUUCUGCGGUAGCGCCAGCCGGUGGUAUGCCAAUGAAUGGUAUUGCAACGGUACCACAACCGCAAUCUUCUACUGGUAGUGUUAAUGGAGGUGGCUGUGGUAAUACAGCUGGUGUGGCAGGUGGGCCAUCUGGACCCCAGGGCUACUGGUGUCAACCGCCAAAUGCUUUGCUACCACUACCAACAUCAACGCCACAAAUGAACGGCUCCUCUGCUUGCGUUUCAACAUCCAGCAACAAUAGCACGCCAAAUAUGACCACAAACACCACAAAUAGCCGUCCACGUGACAGCAAAUAAAAACAAUUAAAAUUUCUUUUAAAACAUAACUAACUAACAGGUAAUAUUCUAAAUACUACUCUGUAAACUGUAUAUACUGACUCCAUGGCAAAAUCUUUUUACUUGAUUUUACCAAAUGUGUUGGGUGUAAAACGAGUUGGGUUGACGAUAAAUGUUGUAAACAAACACUUGUAACACUAGAAAAAAAGCUGCACUCGAUAAACGUUUUCAUGCUGAUCAUGAUUCUUUGUAUUAAUGCAAGUCACUACAGUUUUCGUGUUUUGCAAUUGUAAUAACCAAAAAAAAAACUUAUUAGAAGUAAAAAGUAUGUUGU